AUGGGACUAAAAGAAAUAAUAUUUUUGUCGAUAAUUGUUUCUGCUAUUCAUGCAGAAUAUGUGAGCUACGAUAAUUACAAAGUAUAUAAAGUGGUACCCAAAACUGACAAUGACGUUCAAAUUAUCAUGGAUGUGGAAAAACAUAAGGAGUAUAUGUUUUGGACUGACAUCAUAAGUUUAGAUAGUGACGUAAACAUCAUGGUUGCUCCCGAAAAACAAUCUGAAUUUGAGAAAUAUUUCAAAGAUGUGAACAUUUCAGCUUCAGUAGUUAUACAAAAUGUGCAAGAGAAAAUCAACAGUCAACUACGUCGUCCCGCUACUCGAAACAUUAAUAAUUAUGCCUUCGACUAUUAUUUAACCGUUGAGGAAAUCCACGCAUGGCUCGAUAGAAUUGCUGCAGAGCACCCAAAUGUUGUCACUUUAGUUAAUAUAGGCAAUUCAAACGAAGGAAGAUUAAUUAAGGGAGUUAAAAUUGAUUUUAAGAAGCAAACCAAUCCUGUGAUUGGCAUGAUUGAAGGUGGUAUUCACGCAAGAGAAUGGAUUUCACCAGCAACCGUAACAUACAUCAUUGACCAGUUUUUGACCAGUACUGACCCUCAAGUAAGAUAUGUUGCCGAAAAUAUUGUUUGGCACAUAUUCCCUGUAGUGAAUCCUGAUGGGUACUCUUAUACUUUUACGAAUAAUAGGAUGUGGCGAAAGAAUAGAAGUCAAGCCAGUCACACUAACUGUUCAGCCAGCAAUGAUAUGAGUAACGGAGUAGAUUUGAACAGAAACUUUGGUUUUCUAUGGAUGAGUAUUGGAGCAACACAAAAUCCUUGUGGUGAAACUUUUGCUGGUCCUGCUGAGUUCUCAGAGCCCGAAUCCAGAGCUAUUAGAUCGUACGUAAGCAGGAUUCAAGGAGAAGGCCGUAUGAUUUAUUACUACGCCUUCCACUCAUAUGGUCAAAUGGCUUUGGUACCCUACAGCCAUGUUGGUGGUGCAAAUGUCUUAGAAGCUCCUAACUAUGCUGAUAUGUUUGAAAUUGCUGUCAGAGGUAUGGAUAAACUGGAAGCGGUCCAUGGAACAAAUUAUAGAGUUGGUACAUCACUAGAUAUUUUGUACGCAGUCAGUGGUUCAAGUUUUGACUGGGCCAGAGGCGUAGCAAACAUACCAAUAUCUCUUCUUUUUGAACUUCGUGAUACAAGAGAUCAUGGAUUCCUUCUGCCUCCAGAACAGAUCAUUCCCAAUAGCGAAGAGAUUGUCGCGGGUUUGGUGGAAAUGGAAAAGGUAACGCGAGAACUGGGCUACUAUCAGAAUUCUGGACAAAGGGUACUCGGCAGCAUCAUGAUAUUUGUUGUGUCUUUAGUUAUUGCUUUGUAA